ACAGACCGUGCGCAGCCAAUUCGUGCUAAAUUUCUCUCGCGAACUUCUCACCAUCGAACAUCUCUCUCCGUUUCCUCAUCCUGCACUUCUCGCCCUUAAACAUCCUGCCUUCAGUAACAAAGAAGAUAUGGGGGGCAAAACUGGAAACAAGGCUGGCUACUUCGACAAGCUGAAGGGCUUGUUGGAGGAAUACAAGUCCAUCUUCAUCGUCACCGUCGACAAUGUCUCGUCGCAGCAGAUGCACGAGAUUCGCCAGUCGCUCCGCGGCCAGGGUGUUGUCCUGAUGGGCAAGAACACCAUGGUUCGCCGUGCUCUGAAGACCUUCAUGCCCGACUCGCCCGAGUACGAGCGUCUUCUCCCCUUCGUCAAAGGCAACAUCGGCUUCGUUUUCACCAACGACGACCUCAAGGAGAUCCGUGACAAGAUCCUGGCCAACAAGGUUGCCGCCCCCGCCCGUGCCGGUGCCGUCGCGCCCUCGGACGUGUUCGUGCCCGCUGGAAACACGGGUAUGGAGCCUGGCAAGACCUCCUUCUUCCAGGCCCUCGGUGUCCCCACCAAGAUUGCCCGUGGUACCAUUGAAAUCACCACCGAUCUCAAGCUCGUCGAGGCUGGUGCCAAGGUCGGUGCCUCCGAGGCCACCCUCCUGAACAUGCUCAACAUCUCCCCCUUCACCUACGGCAUGGGCAUCUCGCAGGUCUACGACCAGGGCAAUGCCUUCCCCCCCGACGUCCUCGACAUUGGUGAGGAGCAGCUCCUGAAGGCCUUCUCCAGCUCCAUCACCACCAUUGCAUGCGUUUCGCUUGCCAUCAACUUCCCGACCCUGCCCUCGGUCAUCCACUCGCUGGUCAACAGCUACAAGAAGGUCCUGGCUGUUGCCAUUGGUACCGACUUCAGCUGGCCCGAGAUUGAUGAGCUCAAGGACCGCAUUGCCAACCCCGAUGCUUAUGCCGCCGCUGCGCCCGUUGCCACUGAGGCGGCUGCCGCCCCUGAGGCCAAGGCUGAGGAGAAGAAGGAGGAAUCGGAUGAGGGUUCCGACUCCGACGAGGGUGGAUUCGGUGAUCUCUUCGGUUAAACGUAACGAUGUCAUGAAGAUGUUCCUAGACCAGCAACCUUGGUCUUGGUCGAGAAAAGGUUUCAUGGAUUUUUAUCUACGACUUUAUAGAGAUCAGUUUGUUGUUAAAUCAAGCACAUCGCACCUGGCGGACCAGUCUGAGGCCCACUCGCUUGUGCUCUUGAAAUAUGUGCGGGACUCAUCCCUGACGCAGCACCUUAUUUCUUCACCGUC